AGUUGAGGAUUAGAUUUUAUAUAUCCAAGUUGGGUUUUUUUCUCCUUUGCUUCCUUGUUCACAGACAAACCCUAUCUGUCCGUACAAACACCGAAACAGCCCUUUAGUCUCCGACCAAAGAAAUCGAAUCUUUUCAUCUCAUUUCUAUAUCUAUUUCCACGGAAAAGCAUACAAAUACAAUCUUUACAUACGCCGAUAUGAAGUACUUGCAUGCGGCGGAGCAAGGCGGAGAUCCGGCGGACGACUGCGGCGGAAUACUCGCUGGAGACGCGGCUGAUAACAAUGUCAUGAUCGACGGCAUGGACGAUGGCGUCGAUGUCGGGAGAGAGAUCUGGCUGGGAGAACAUGAUCAAGAUCAUCAUCAUCAUGUUCAAGAGGACGAUGAUUUGCUUAUUCAGGACCCUUCCGUCUUCUACGGCGACCUUCCCUCACUGCCGGAAUUUCCAUGCAUGUCGUCUUCUUCAUCUUCUUCGACGUCUCCGUCUCCCGUCAACGCAAUCCUCUCGUCGGCUUCUUCCUCAUCCUCAUCCGCUUCGUGGGCGAUCUUGAAAUCGGGCAGCGAGGAUCUGCAGAACAAGAGUCAUAAUCCGUACGAGGAUUCGUCGGCGGAUGUGUCGGCUGGUGCAGAGAAGAUGGAGAUUCCAGCGCAAAACCAAGGCGUUGUCGAUGUCGAGUGUACCGUCGACAUGAUGGAGACCUUCGAGUGCAUGGAUCUGGUCGACAGUAACGAUUUCUUCGAUACCUCGGCGAUUUUCAACAAUGACGAUGCCACGCCAACACUGUCGCCACUGGGAAACCCUAGCUUGAUCGACCAAGAAGCCCUACAGAACAGAGAAUCCGACGUUCCUUUUCAUCGAUUAGAGGACCAACACACGAUAGAGCAAGACAAGGAGGAUCUGGCGACGGUGUUCUUGAAGUGGCUGAAGAGUAACAAAGAGACUGUGUCGGCUGAUGAUUUGAGGAAAGUUAAGAUCAAGAAGGCGACGAUCGAAUCCGCGGCUCGGAGGCUUGGCGGCGGGAAGAAAGCGAUGAAGCAGCUUUUGAAGCUGAUUCUUGAAUGGGUCCAAACAAACCAUCUACACAAAAGGCACAACAACAUGGAUUACACUGAUCUCCCUGCUCAUGAGACGCAGACGCAAACGCAAACGCAAACGCAAACGCUCUACCACGACCAGUACUACCGUCAAAACCCUUACCCCGACGUUAUACCCCCAACGCCGGAUUCAACUCCGUCUUUCUCUAACCAUCAAUCUCCGUGGAACCCACCUCCAAAUCCGGGUUUCGGAUUCAUGCCCUCGCCGGCGUUUCCCGGCGGAGCCGCUCCACCGAGUUAUCUGCCUCCUCCACCACAGCCGCAACCGGAAAACCGUCAUUUACUUGAAUCUCCGGCGUCGUGGGCCGCUCCCCUGCCGCCGCUACCACCGCACCAGUUCGGGAUGGCGAACGCGCAGUAUUGCCCGUUUCCAUACCUGGGUUUCACGGGAUAUACGGCAAAUACGUACGCGUAUCCGUACAUGCCGGGAAGAAUGGGAGACCAGAGAUUUCCCCGGUUGUGCUCGUCGGCAACGAAGGAGGCGAGGAAGAAGCGGAUGGCGAGGCAGAGAAAGUUCUUGUCUCACCACAACAGACACCGCAACGCUACAAACGCCGACAGCCUUAGUCAACAAAACAUGAACCAGAACCAAAUCGGCGAACAUGCAAUAGCCCGAGAUACAUUCACGGCGGUUCAGGCGGCGGGAGCUGUGGCUCCUCCCGACACCGCUGGGGGCUGGAUGUAUUGGCCGAAUGUCUGGGAGACGGUGGAAUCGCAACUCAUGCAGCCAAGGCAGGGUUGGAAACAGGAAAAGAGUUUGCGGUUUCUAUUGCAGAAAGUGUUGAAGCAGAGCGACGUGGGCAACCUCGGAAGGAUCGUGUUACCCAAAAAAGAAGCAGAGACUCACUUACCGGAGUUAGAGACAAGAGACGGCAUCUCUCUUGCCAUGGAAGACAUAGGAACCUCUCGUGUUUGGAACAUGCGUUACAGAUUUUGGCCUAAUAACAACAGUAGGAUGUAUCUCCUCGAAAACACCGGUGAUUUUGUGAAAGCCAAUGGACUUGGAGAAGGAGAUUUCAUAGUCAUAUAUUCCGAUAUCAAGUGCGGAAAAUACUUGAUACGUGGGGUGAAAGUGAGGCAACGGGCAGCGCCGAAUUCGGAGUCGGCCAAGAGACAGAGCAAGUUGCAGAGAAACGAUAGCAAUACUUCUCCUCCUUCUGCCAAUGCUGUGGCCUCACUAACUUCUCACUCAAAUAUCAAGAUGAAAUAAAUAUAUGAAAUCAGGAAAAAAAUAUAUACAUAUAUGUAUAUAUAUAUAGAGAGAGAGAGAGAGGGAUAUAGAGAGAGGUGAAGAAAAAGAAAAGCGGACGAACGUGGGUUUGCCACUUCUCGUGCAUGCAUGGGAUCUCGCUGCCAAGUGAACGGUCAACUUUCAAAAGCCAUUGUUCGAGGUGUGUAUCCGAUCGUUAUAUACACUACA